AUGCCUCCCAAGAACGUCAGCACCCGUCUCAACCCCAUCCGCCUCAACUCCAUCAACCACCUCCGCGUCCGCCGUCCGAACCAGAAUGAGCAGAACGCUUGCACGACUAUCAUGUCCUCCAUGCUGAACUGCUGGGCUUCACAAGGAUACGGAGUCGAGGCCUGCGCCGGUCUGGAGCAGCAAUUGCGCAAGUGCGCCGAUGCGCCGAAAUCGCAAGAAAAGAAGAAGAACACCGUCAACUACCACCUCAUGAGAAUGUACCCCAAGGUCGUCGGACCCCGCAAGAAGGACGGUGUGCUGGGCUAA